GGAAGUGUCCAAACUGAGAGGGAGCAGGGGAGGACACGAGACACCUUGCGGGAUUUGGAAGGUUCAGAAGCGCUCGUCUCUUCUUUGGUGUUCGGGCUUCAUCUUUACAGCUCUCUGCACCCUUUCUGGGGUCCGACGUGCCUUAUUCUUAGGUCCUUUGCUUCCUGUCCUGGAAAGCUGGCCUCUUGCUGAACGAUGCCCCAGCUCCGACUCCUGCACGGGAGGGCCUGGGCUACGCUGCUUGGCCAGCUCCGGCAGUCGCCCCGUGUUGUGUACCUCCGGGCGGUCCAUUCUCAUAGCCAGGUUUCAGAGGCAGUGUUAACAUCCCAACUGAAACCACAUCAAGAGAAAUCAAAUAUUAUUAUCAAGACUCCAAAGGGGACCAGAGAUCUUAGUCCCCAGCAGAUGGUGGUGAGGGAGAAAAUUCUUGAUACUGUUGUUAGCUGCUUUAAACGUCAUGGAGCAAAAGGGUUGGAUACCCCAGCAUUUGAGCUAAAGGAAAUGCUCACUGAGAAAUACGGAGAGGACUCUGGGCUCAUCUAUGAUCUGAAGGAUCAGGGUGGAGAGCUGUUGUCCCUGCGCUAUGACCUUACUGUCCCUUUCGCUCGUUAUCUGGCCAUGAAUAAACUGAAGAAGAUGAAACGCUACCAUGUUGGAAAGGUGUGGCGGCGGGAGAGCCCAACCAUAGUCCAAGGCCGCUACAGAGAGUUCUGCCAGUGUGAUUUUGACAUUGCUGGUCAGUUUGAUCCUAUGAUCCCUGAUGCAGAAUGUUUGAAAAUCAUCUGUGAAAUCCUGAGUGGGUUGCAGCUAGGGGACUUUCUCAUUAAGGUCAAUGACCGGAGGGUUUUGGAUGGGAUGUUUGCUGUCUGUGGUGUUCCUGAAAGCAAGUUCCAUGCCAUCUGCUCAUCGAUAGACAAACUAGACAAGAUAUCUUGGAAAGAUGUGAGACAUGAGAUGGUGGCAAAGAAAGGCCUGGCUCCUGAAGUGGCUGAUCGAAUUGGGGACUAUGUCCAAUGUCAUGGUGGAGUGUCCUUGGUAGAGGAAAUGUUCCAGGAUCCUAGAAUAUCUCAGAACAAGCAGGCCCUCGAGGGUCUGGGGGACCUGAAGCUGCUCUUUGAAUACUUGACUUUAUUUGGAGUUGCCGAGAAGAUCUCAUUUGACCUAAGUCUGGCUCGGGGCCUGGACUACUAUACAGGAGUGAUCUAUGAAGCAAUGCUGUUACAGACCCCAGCUCAGGCUGAGGAGGAGCCCCUGAAUGUGGGCAGUGUGGCUGCUGGUGGGCGCUAUGAUGGACUAGUGGGCAUGUUUGACCCUAAGGGCCACAAUGUGCCAUGUGUGGGGCUCAGCAUUGGGGUAGAGCGAAUCUUCUCCAUUAUGGAGCACAGGAUGAAGACUUUUGGUGAAAAGAUACGGACCACAGAGACGCAAGUGUUUGUGGCUACUCCACAGAAGAACUUUCUCCAAGAACGAUUGAAGCUAAUUGCAGAGCUUUGGGAUGCUGGGAUCAAGGCAGAGCUGCUAUAUAAAAACAACCCUAAACUACUAACUCAGCUGCACUACUGUGAGAACAUGGGCAUUCCACUGGUAGUCAUUAUUGGUGAGCAAGAACUGAAAGAAGGGGUCAUCAAGCUUCGUUCAGUGGCCAGUAGGGAGGAGGUGGCCAUUAAACGGGAAAAUCUUGUGGCUGAAAUUCAGAAGCGACUGUCUGAGUCUUGAUCCUUGCCUGAUUGCCAUCUGCUGCUCUUUGUAGAAAAUGUUUCUUCUAGGACUGAGUUCCUGAUGGACUUCAAACUGCCAGCCAGGAUGGGUGACAAAUGCUUCUGCCUUCUCCAUCCUUCUUGGGUACAGAACUGUAAAAGGCCCUGAGGACUCCAGGACUAUUGCAAGCAGCUAUUCUGCAUGGGCGCAGAUGGCUGGUAUGUGAAAGAGACCUGCUUAACUGCAGAGUCAGAUGGCAGAUUUGAAGUGUCAUUGAAUACUGCCAAGAGGUACUGAGAUGUUUGCUGUGAGCAAGGCUCUGGGAAGUCACCUGAGAGAGGUGAACCAUUGGGAUCAGAUGUCAGAUACUUAGCCUUCCUCUGUACUGUGGCUUCUAAACCAGAUUCUGGGGAAUUUGUCCACAACCUGCUGUGGGCCUGUCCAAGUUUUUGGGAGACAGCAAAGAGGAGCAAUCUCUGCUUUCUGCUUUGAUUGAGGAAGAGAUGCUAUCCCAGGGGUGUAGCAUCUCUUUAGUCCAUCUGCUGUUAAUAAUACCAGGGCGAGGCUGUUGGAUCAUCUUGAAUGUUGAACUUAGUAGGUGGCCUGACCAGAUCUUUAAGAUUUUUGAGACCAUUUUCUGUGCCAGAAUCGCUGCUGACUAUUCCAUGUCCUGUCAUGGAGGUGACUGUUUUAGAAGUGGUUGGAUGAUAUAUUAAAUAAAAUAUUUAAUGUAG